AUGGGUGACAGAAGAUUCAUUGACUUUCAAUUUCAAGAUUUAAAUUCAAGCUUCAGCCCCAGGUUGGGCAAUGCUACUGCCAAUAAUACUUGCAUUGUUGAUGAUUCCUUCAAGUAUAAUCUGAAUGGUGCUGUCUACAGUGUUGUAUUCAUCCUGGGUCUGAUAACCAACAGUGCCUCUCUGUUUGUCUUCUGCUUCCGAAUGAAAAUGAGAAGUGAGACUGCUAUUUUCAUCACCAAUUUGGCCCUUUCUGAUUUGCUCUUUGUCUGCACUCUACCUUUCAAAAUAUUUUACAAUUUCAACCGUCACUGGCCUUUUGGUGACACCCUUUGCAAGAUCUCUGGGACUGCAUUCCUCACCAACAUCUAUGGGAGCAUGCUCUUCCUCACCUGUAUUAGCGUGGAUCGUUUCCUGGCCAUUGUCUAUCCCUUCCGAUCUCGUACCAUUAGGACAAGGAGGAAUUCUGCCUUUGUGUGUGCUGGAGUCUGGAUCCUAGUCCUCAGUGGUGGUAUUUCAGCCUCUUUGUUCUCCACUACUAAUGUCAACAAUGCAACCACCACCUGUUUUGAGGGCUUCUCCAAACGUAUCUGGAAGACUUAUCUGUCCAAGAUCACCAUAUUUAUUGAAGUUGUUGGUUUCAUCAUUCCUCUGAUUUUAAAUGUCUCUUGCUCUUCUGUGGUGCUAAGAACCCUCCGGAAGCCUGCUACACUGUCUCAAAUUGGAACCAAUAAGAAAAAAGUGCUGAAGAUGAUCACUGUUCAUAUGGCAGUCUUUGUGGUAUGCUUCGUACCCUAUAACUCUGUCCUCUUCUUGUAUGCCCUAGUGCGCUCCCAAGCCAUUACCAAUUGCUUGUUGGAAAGAUUUGCAAAGAUUAUGUACCCAAUCACCUUGUGCCUUGCAACUCUGAACUGUUGCUUUGACCCUUUUAUCUAUUACUUCACCCUGGAGUCUUUUCAGAAGUCCUUCUAUGUUAAUACCCAUAUCAAGAUGGAAUCCCUGUUUAAGACUGAAAUACCUUUGACCACAAAGCCUUCCCUUCCAGCUAUUCAAGAGGAAGUUAUUGAUCAAACAACACAUAAUGGUGGUGAAUUAAUGCUAGAAUCCACCUUUUAG